AUGGGUUGUACCAGGAGAUAUUCACAAACAGUAUUUGAUGAAUUGCGUGCUGAUAGAUUAGAAGCUGAAGUAUAUUUGAAGUGGUCAGCAAAUACUGAUUUUAAAAAUCGAGUAAAAAUUGUGCUUGAAAAUGGAUCUUCAUGUAAUGCACCUGCAUGUUUACUUACUGCAUUCUCGGAUAUUUUUCCCAAACUUCUUUCAUCACAAUGA